UGGAAGUGGCGAUGUAGUGGAUGAAACACGUGUGUAUAUUAUCUCUGUGUGAGUUUGUUUGUCUUAUUAAUCUCUCUCAUUCGAAAACAGAUCCUCGUUUCCUCCUACUACCAUUAGCACUUUACGGGAGCUGAUCUCGCAUAUAUUGGAUCGUAAUCAUGGACGGUGACGAUUUUGCCGGAAAGGCGGCUGCUGAAGCCAAAGGAUUGAACCCGGGAUUAAUCGUGCUGCUUGUUGUUGGAGGUCCGCUUCUUGUGUUCCUAAUUGCCAACUACGUGCUUUACGUUUAUGCUCAGAAGAACCUACCUCCAAGGAAGAAGAAGCCCGUUUCCAAAAAGAAGCUCAAGCGGGAGAAGCUCAAGCAAGGAGUCCCUGUCCCUGGAGAAUAAAUCUUCACUUGUGCCUCAUUCAAAGCGGUUUAUCUUCGGUUACCUCUUUUACUUCUGCAUGUCUUGAGUCCUGUAUGAUUUCACUUGGAGAGCAAGUAGAAACCACCCUUUUGCUUGGGUAGACCAUUUUUAGUUUUUCCUUCAUACAUACAUUUGGUUGCAACUGUAGAGUCUCUCUCAUCAUCUUUGCAACAACUUCUCAUCUUUAAUAUCAUUUCACUUAUUUA